AGCGCUUUGUGCGAGGGUGGAUUUUUUUGUUGUCGCGGCGCUGCGCUGCGUCGGUGAUUGCUGUUUCUUCGUUCCCCACUACGGUAUACAUAUUUUCUUCGUGCCUUGUUCUUUUGUUUCGUGGCGAUUGUGCCGCAGAGUGCCGCACCACUUUGGUGCUUUUCUCGUUUUAUGCUUUCCUGUUACCAAAACACGAUGCGUCAUUUUGACUGACGUAACCGGAGACAACAUUCCAAUUGGAGACAGCUGUCUAUCAGACGCGACCGUCGCUGUUAUCGUUAUCGUUCCCUGCUGUUGUUGUUCCUUUUGCUAUGGCCGUUGUCAGUGGGGCGUUGUCGCUUACCGUUACGUCUGCUGCCGCCGGCAUUGCCAGCGCUAAGCUGCGGUUUGGUGAACAAGUAAUCAGCAAUUGAUGACAGCAGACAGACGGCGCUGAGAGUGGUGCGGCGGACAGAGAAGAGAAAAUGGAGAGAGAUAGAGAUAGAGAAGGCGGAGAGUGAAAGACGGGCAUAACGACAAAAAUGAAAAUGGAAAGGGCAUCACUCGAUCUCUACCUACACUGAAUCGUUGCCUUGACAUGAGCAUAUGUACGUAUUAAUUAGUUAGAAUCUUGGAAAGGCUACUACUAGUAGCAUUAGUUAGUACAUUACUGCAGCUUCGAUAUCAUCCCAAACUGUCAUAGAGAAUACCUAGAAUAUGAAGACAUUGUGUUCCCUUAUUUAUUAAGUCUUGUUUGAACUAAGAACUAAGUGGGCAUACUUUUAGGCACCUUUCUGACCUUAAAAACUCGCUAAUUGCAUUCACAAGGUACGUUUGGAUGUGCUUCCCGACAGGGCACUUCCAAGCUUCCCCAGUACUCAGAGGGUUAAAGUCAAAUGUCAAGGUCAAGUUGCAGACACCUAAACAGCAUCCGCAAACAUCUAAGUCUCCGUACUGCUUGCGCCGCAUUCUGAUUGCUUCAUAUUUGGCGACAGCAGCAGCGGGAAUCGCAAAUGGCGGCCGAGCGACAAAGCUGCAAAGCGAGGCGUCGCGCACUCCGCGCAGGCGCCUUCCGAGCGCCCAACUCCACUCUGCGGCCAGCCAAGAUGGCCAAGAAGAACGGAAAGUGGGACGUGCCGGGCCACAAAAAAAGUGGCCAACCGUCACCGAUUUUUAUAGUGUAGGCUCCCUAAAAUUGACGCGCAACAUUGAGGCAGGUCCCUCUACGCGAUAUAACGGAACAGGCGACCAGAGUCGCCAGCAGAGAGAAACCCCAACGGAAGACCAAAAGCGAGAGCGAGCAGUGUCUGUGUGCCUGAGUUUCUGUGCGUGUGGUGGUAAGCUCCAAGUCAAUGGGGUGCCUACACACGUCACAGCUCUAUGAAUAAAACGGCGCGAGAGCGGAGCGGGAAUGAGCUCCGCCACAAGCUCCACAAAAGAGAGAGAUAGAGAUGAAGAGAGAAGUAGAGUUGGCGACGUGGGAGUUUAUGAACACUUGCAUAUGUGCAAGCACAGUCCGUCCUCAGUACGCACAAACAAAUAAAUGUUUGAUUUGUCCCCAUAUACCGCUUAUAAUUAUUUAUAGGUUUAUUUAUUUAUAGGUUUGUUAUGUGAAUAUGGCUUUAUUAAGCUGCAAUGUUAGUUACAUAGGUAUUCCAAUAAAUUGUAACCAGCCGUCAGGUACUUAUUCACUAUAGUCAUUCCCAAGAUUCCAGUUCCUCAGUAAGGUAUGUACAAACAUUGUUUUGUAUGUAAGUACGUAGUUAUGUAGCUACUGCAGCUCUGUUGGCUUUGUAAUUAUGUUAACAUUGACUGACGUCAGGCGCGGGUCGUAAUUUACAUGUCUCUGCUCGUUGGUGUUUGUUUGGUUUUUGUUGCAGCAGUCACUGUUGCUUACCGCACAUGAUAAUUAUGGGAAUGCAAGUGCUUUGUUUUCGCUGAAUUUGCGGUUAAUGAAUUGGGAACACGUCCAGAAUCACCGCAGGGGGUUGGAAAAUGGGUCAUGCAUGUGGCUUUUUCUUAGGCUGGACUUUUAAGCAAGAAAGAAUGCUAUAGUCGAGUUCCCCGACUAUAAGAAAUAAAAAGUUAAAAGUUAAAUACUUUUCAACGAGCCUAGUAUACCCUUUUACUCUACGAGUAACGGGUAUAAUAAAUAUUAAAACCCGUUAUUGAUUUGGAAACGUUUUUACCUUCGACAAGGAUUGAAGAUUACUUUGACAUAAUGGUAGGCUAGAAAGUUUGAAAACAUCGUAAUUAAAUGCUUAUAUUUUACUAAGGUACUUGGUACUACAUUUUAAUGAUCUUAAUUAUUCUUAUUUCAAAGAAGAAAGAAUGGUCCACAAUAUUGAUGUAUGUAUGUAUGUAUGUAUAUAUAUUUGAUUUAACGCUAUAUACGACAGUUGUAAAGCUAGGUAUUUCUGCUAUUUAAAAAUGUAAUGUAGGGCAAUGCACAGUUUGUCGGUUAUAAGCGUGCAAUGAGUAGAUUUGAUCGUACUGCCGAUAAAAGACAUGUUAAUCGGCAUUGGAUCUAUACCAUUUGCCAUACAUAUGAUAUAUAAGGCCGACACAAUAAGUGCUUGGCAUACAACAAUGUUUGCUACUCUGCUGCUGCUUAUCUUGGGGUCGACCAACAUUUUGGCCACGGACUAUAUACUAUUGGUUGAGGAUCCAGAUAUCUACACGCCGUGCUUGGAAGGACCUCCUGGAUCUGUUAGCCUGAAUGAAGCCUUCGACGUUAGCGAAAUGGAGGUUGAAAUGGAUGAGGAGGGGAUUCAUGUGUCCGGAAAUAUUACAGCUAGAUGGAGCUUGCCGCGCUCGAAUCGAAUUUCUGCAAAGAUGAGUGUUCUCCACUUUAACCGCGGUAGCUGGGAGCCCACAGUAUUUAACUCGCUCACGCCGGACUUUUGCGCUGUGAUGUUCAAUCCCAAUCUGUUUUGGCAUAAAUACUGGUUCAAAAAUUUUGAAAACCGCGAGGAGAUCCAAGAAAAGUGCCUCGCUACGGAGGGUACCGUUCUAGUGUACAACCCUUUCGUUGUGAUUCCGCGACUAAAUAAUGUAAUUGGACCCACCCUCAAAGGACGAUAUAAGGUAGUUUUCCUGUUCGAAGCAUUCAACGAACAUGACGAACGACAGCCUUCAUCCGUGUGCUUCGAGAUAACGGGAGAUGCUGAAAAAAUAAAUUGAUAGUUCGAGCUGUCGUAAUGUGAGUUUACGGAUACGAUUUGGUCUUAAUAAUCCUAAUUGGUAAAAAAAAACACAAAUAGCAAUAUAUGUUACUUCCAUCACUCUAAAUAAAACAAGAGAGAACGCUAUAGUCGAUUUUCUUAACUAUCAGAUACCCUUAAUCAGUGGGCGAACGAGUAUAAACCACUCAACCGUCCAAAAUACGAAUUUCUUUUCGAAAUAAUGGAAUAAUUGGAAAAUAAGCUCUAUAUUGCAACUUGGUUUUGCUAUGAAUAACUACAAAGCUAUUUGUAAACUGAUUAUAAAUAUGUAUUUUAUUUUACAUUUAGCAAAUCAGA